AUUGCAUAUAUAUAUAUAUAUAUAAAUUGUUAUUAUUAUUAUUACAGGUGUUGCUGUGGCUAUUCGUACACCCAUCAUUGCGGAACUGGAGCGGAUGUCCAAAGCUUCAAUCUUAGCGAGAGUCAAGAAAAGGAUCGUGAACAAUGGUCACCAGGAAAAAAUACUCGUCCUUUUCCUACUGAUGCAUAUGGUACCAUAGAAUUUCAGGGUGGUCCACAUCCUACGAAAGCACAAUACGUAAGAUUGGCCCAUGAUACACGACCAGAACCGAUUAUACAACUAUUAUGUCGAGAAUGGAAUUUAGGAUUGCCUAAAUUAUUAAUUACAGUUCAUGGUGGUCGAUCAAAUUUCGAACUUCAACCUAGUCUGAAAAAAGUUUUGCGUAAAGGUUUAUUGAAAGCCGCUAAAACAACAGGGGCAUGGAUAUUCACAGGAGGAACAAAUACAGGUGUUACACGGCAAGUUGGUGACGCAUUAUUGUUAGAACGUUCUCAACGACAGGGUCGUGUAGUAAGCAUAGGUAUAGCCCCAUGGGGAAUUUUGGAUAAAAGUCACGAACUAAUUGGCCGCGGUGGAGAAGUGUCAUAUGAUUGCCUCUCUUCACCAUGGACUAAGUAUACAGUAUUAAACAAUCGACAUGCUUACUUCUUAUUAGUAGACAAUGGUACUGGUGGUCGAUAUGGUGCAGAGAUUGUUCUUCGUAGAAGAUUAGAAAAAUAUAUUUCAAAUUUAAAAUUACAACCAUAUACACAUAGUAGCAUACCGGUAGUUGCAUUAGUUAUUGAAGGCGGAACAAAUACAAUCCGUGCAGUUUUAGAAUAUGUGACGGAUGAUCCACCUGUACCUGUGGUAGUUUGUGAUGGUUCAGGACGUGCGGCUGAUCUAAUUGCUUUCAUGCACAAAUGGAGAGAUGGACAAACUGGAGAUGGAGAAGGACCAUUGGAGGGUGUUAAGGAACAAGUUUUAGAAACUAUUAAACGUACUUUUCAAGUUACUGCUGAACAAGCAAGCCAACUUUGUUCAGAGCUUUUGCAGUGCACGCGAAAAAAACAUUUAAUCACUGUGUUCAGGAUUUCGCAAGAUAGGCCGCAAGAACUUGAUCAAAUAAUAUUGACAGCUUUAUUUAAAUCAAAACAAUUAUCCCCAGCUGAGCAGUUGUCUCUUUCUUUAAUAUGGAACCGCGUAGAUAUUGCCCGAAGUGAAAUCUUUGUCUAUGGUCAAAAAUGGCCACCUGGUGCUUUAGAGCAAGCUAUGAUGCAAGCGCUUCAACAUGACAGAAUAGACUUUGUGAAACUUCUACUGGAAAAUGGAGUAUCGAUGCGGAAAUUUUUAUCGAUACCUCGUCUUGAAGAACUGUAUAAUACGAAAGAAGGUCCAUCAAAUACAUUAGGUUACAUCUUGCGAGAUGUACGACCAAAUAUUCCACGAGGUUACAUGUACACAUUGCAUGAUAUCGGCCUUGUGAUUAAUAAGCUGAUGGGCGGAGCAUAUCGCGCGCAAUAUACACGAAGAAGAUUUCGUAUGAUCUAUACAAAAGUGAUGAAGCGAUCUGGUAGUGGUCAUCAGCAUAUGCAUCGAAAUAGCUGCGCUCCAAAUUCCAAUAUGCGUUAUUAUACAGGUUCCAGUGGAAAAGCUGACAGUUUGACUAUGAGUUUACUCGCUGAAACGUUACCAACUCAUCGUGAUACUCCUCUCUUUGAUUAUCCUUUUAACGAGUUGCUUAUUUGGGCUGUGUUAACCAAACGUCAACAAAUGGCUCUGUUAAUGUGGCAACAUGGAGAGGAAGCUUUGGCUAAGGCGCUUGUCGCGCUGAAAUUGUAUAAGGCGAUGGCGCAUGAAGCGGCCGAGGAUGAUCUAGAAACUGAGGUUUAUGAUGAAUUGCGUGGUUAUGGCAAAGAAUUUGAAAACAUUGCAUUAGAAUUAUUGGAUUAUUGCUAUCGACAAGAUGAUGAUCAAACACAGCAGCUAUUAACUUCAGAACUUCAAAAUUGGUCGGGGCAGACAUGCUUAUCACUCGCGGUUACAGCAAAUCACCGACCGUUAUUAGCACAUCCUUGCAGCCAAAUUAUUUUGGCCGAUUUAUGGAUGGGUGGCCUUCGUACACGUAAAAAUACUAACUUAAAGGUGAUUAUGGGAUUACUUUGCCCUCUAUAUAUAACGCGAUUGGAAUUUAAAAGCAGAGAAGAAUUACAAUUAAUGCCCCAGACACAGGAAGAACAUUUGAUAGCUUUGGAAGAUGAAAAAGACGAUAGUGAUUCUGAGCACAGUACGCCGGUAGGACCAGAUGUUGAGAAACAUCUGCGCAGGAGCCUGAGCAUAUGCAACAAAUCCAGCAACCAACAAGGCGUUAAGGCUUUAAUUAACAAAGAGCACAAUGCGAUAAUUAAGGAGACGAUUGUCCAAGAGAAUGGGAAAGUACUAACGGAUAUUGAUGACGGAAUACAUCGCGCUUACGGUCUUCGUUCUGAAUAUUAUAAUAAAACAACAAGACCAUUAAGACUGAGAAAGAAGUUAUAUGAAUUCUAUACUGCUCCAAUAACAAAAUUUUGGGCAAAUGCUAUAGCAUAUAUUAUUUUUUCUUUUUUUUCGUACUGUAUUUUGAUACACAUGGACGAUCACCCAUCAUUAGCUGAAAUAUAUGCGAUCGCAUAUAUCUGUACUCUCGGAUGUGAAAAAGUACGUGAGAUAGCAACCUCGGAACCUGCAACGCUCUCACACAAGUUUAGCGUAUGGGCAUGGAAUAUGUGGAAUCCCUGUGAUGCCGCUGCUAUUAUAUUUUUUCAAAUUGGAUUAGCAUUACGUCUACGACAUUCGACUCUAGAUGUAGGUCGCGUCAUAUUCUGCGUUGAUUGCAUUUAUUGGUAUUUACGAAUACUCAACAUCCUUGGUGUCAACAAAUAUUUUGGUCCUCUUGUAACUAUGAUGGGAAAGAUGGUUAAAAACAUGAUAUAUUUUGUGGUGCUUUUAUUAAUUGUCCUCUUGAGUUUUGGUGUAGCUAGACAAGCUAUAUUAAAGCCUAAUUCUGAUCCAAAAUGGCAUAUAAUACGAGACAUAUUUAUGGAACCAUAUUUUAUGCUGUAUGGAGAGGUGUACGCGGAUAAUAUAGAUCCUGAGUGUGGAGAUGAGCCAGGAAUGAUACAGUGUCUUCCGGGUCGUUGGAUCACCCCUGCUGCUAUGGCCGUGUAUCUUUUAGUUGCUAAUAUUUUAUUGAUAAAUCUGUUAAUUGCGGUAUUUAAUAAUAUUUUUAAUGAGGUGAAUGCUAUAGCUCAUCAAGUCUGGAUGUUUCAACGGUUUACCGUCGUUAUGGAAUAUGAGCAGAAACCAGUAUUGCCACCGCCGCUUAUAGUGAUCUGUCACAUAUAUUUAUUAUUGAAAUAUUUUCUAAAGCAUAUUAUGCAAAAUAAAAGCAAUACCGGUGAGACCUGUGACAAUGGGUUGAAAUUAUUUUUGGAGGCUGACGAUAUGGAACGACUUUAUGAUUUUGAAGAGGAUUGCGUUGAAGGAUAUUUCCGUGAACAAGAGCUCAAACUGCAAAUGUCUACAGAAGAGCGCGUGAAACUUACAACGGAACGGGUAGAAAACAUGCAUCAGAAGAUUGAGGAUAUCGAUAAAAAAGAGAGUAAUCAGAACGCAUCUCUUCAGGCUGUCGAAUUUCGUAUUCGUAAGUUGGAAGAAUUGAAUCAACAAACUUUAGCACAUCUUGGAGUGAUUCAUCGUUUCAUGGCAACAUACAUGCCAAAUGAAGAAUUAUCCGGUUUAGAGACGUUUGAUAAUGUUCGGCAGCGUCGAGUAUCAGAGCGAUCAGAAACGUUAUCCGAAGCAGAUUCUCACAUGCAAUUGCCAACAAUAGCACGACGCAAGAGACUUUUGCGAUCUCUUACAGAUGCCACCUUUUUAAACGUUGGCCACGCGGUUGACGAUGUCCUUAAAGAGACUGUGAUUUCUCGUGAAAAUCUUAGUAGACAUGAUUCUUCUGUAAGUGUAGAUGCUCAUGUCGGUCAAGAUGACAUUAAAACAACUACAAGUUUGGAAACAGAAGGCAGCAAAGAUAUUCUCGAGAGUGAAACAGUUGGAAGAAAAGAUAUGCAAUCAGAAAGAGAAAUGAACCAAGAUACUAGUAAAGAAGUAAGCAGAGAGAUGAGUAGAGAAAUCAGUACAGAGACUACUAGCAAAGACGUCAGUAGGGAGACUAGCAGAGAAGCCAGUAAAGAAGCCAGCAGCGAAAAUCCGCCCUCUGACAUCAGGCAAGAUUCCACAGAACGUAAUACAUUUAGGCAAGAUUCCGCAGAACGUGGUACAUUUAGGCAGAACAGCAGAACCCGAUCAGAAUCAGAUGAUUUUAUGCUGCUUCCUCCACCUGGUAUACAGAGGGCUGUAACUUGGGCAGAGCCUCGCGUGGCUGUAAUCCCGUCUUCUGUUACCUCGGCCGGUAGUGCGCAAAGAUCGAUUUUAUUGACGAUGCGCGCUGAAUACACCAGUAUUACGGACGAACUUGAAAGUUAUUGUGGCUUGUUAAGCCCACCGCGAACGCCACCGAUGUCGCCACCGCCAUCACGGGUUCGGAACAUAUCGGACAUAUCGAAUAUAUCGAAUCCCGAGAUGGCAUGGCAGAUCGAGAAUGAACACUUGCGUGAUGCGGAAGAGUGCGAUUAUCAACAGAUGGAGGAUUUGAUUCAGCGACGUUAUCGCGAUGAUGACGAUGAUGAUGAGGAUGAUGGACCAUCAAAUGGACAUGCAGAUGAGACAAGUGGUAUUGCAUGUUUUUUUAAUGUAUCCAACGAACAUUGUCAGUUACGCCGUACUUCUGCAAUUGAAGAGGAUUCUCGGAGACCACCACCAACAAUCAGCGUUACUCGUGAGAUCGAGCAAACACUUGCGCGACCGACAAUACGCGAUUCUCAAUCAGCCGGUCAGAAUGAUAAAAAUCUGAGCACUGUACCUACUCCUGCUUCCGAAACUAUGUGUUAAAUUGAAAAUUAAAAGAGAAAGUACAUAUUGUAAAGAGCUCUUCAAAUUCAAUUUGUGACUCGUAAAAUUAUGAGCUUGAUCAAAUUAUUAGCUUUCAGCAUGCAUGUAUGCCUGCAUGUGUAU